GGGGUCUCGCGAGACUAGGCGCCGCGGCUCUUGCGCUCACGGGUCCAGCAGUCAGUAGGGGCUUUGGGCUGUGUUAAGAUGGCGGAGGCGGCUGGAGUUUGGAGCUGAGUUUGCUGACCCGAUCAGUUGUUGCAUCCUGAGUGCAUCUUCUUGUAGAGUUCUUGGUUCCUUGUAUUUUUUGGACAACACUUGCAGCCUUGCAGCGGUCUUUCAAUGCAGUUUUCUUCUCCUUUCUCGCGCCCUGCUGGAUCCAGCUAGACUGAAGGAAUAAGAAAAAUCUGAAAAUGAAGGUGGAUAGGACGAAGCUGAAGAAGACGCCAACAGAGGCACCUGCAGACUGCAGGUCUCUGAUUGACAAGCUGAAAGUUUGCACAGAUGAGCAACUUCUGCUCGAGCUACAGCAGAUCAAAACAUGGAAUAUUGGAAAGUGUGAGCUCUAUCACUGGGUGGACCUGUUAGAUCGCUUUGAUGGGAUCCUAGCGGACGCUGGGCAGACUGUGGAGAAUAUGUCUUGGAUGCUGGUGUGUGACAGACCUGAGAAGGAGCAGCUUAAAGCACUUCUGCUGGCAGUCCUCAACUUCACUGCCCUGCUCAUUGAAUACAGCUUCUCUCGGCAUCUCUAUAGCUCAAUUGAGCACUUAACAACGUUGCUCGCCUCUUCUGACAUGCAAGUGGUGCUAGCUGUGCUAAACCUUCUCUAUGUCUUCAGUAAAAGAUCUAAUUAUAUCACACGCUUGGCCUCUGAGAAGAGGACGCCGUUGUUAUCACGACUCCAGCAUCUAGCUGAGAGCUGGGGAGGUAAGGAGAACGGCUUUGGUCUUGCGGAAUGCUGCAAAGACAUGCAGAUGUCGAAAUAUCCCCCCAGCGCCACCACUCUACAUUUUGAAUUUUAUGCAGAACCCGGGUCCGAGGUGAAAGUUGAAAAAAGGACGUCAAGUAACACACUACAUUAUAUUCACAUAGAAGAGCUUGAUAAGAUUUCUGAAAGUCCCUCGGAGAUUAUGGAGUCCCUCACUAAAUUGCACAGCAUUCCCAAGGACAAACAGAUGCUUUUAUUCACCCACAUACGACUGGCACAUGGUUUUUCUAAUCACAAGAAGAGACUACAAGCAGUACAAGCAAGACUGCAUGCUAUUUCUAUUCUAGUUUACUCCAAUGCAUUGCAAGAAUCGGCAAACAGUAUCCUCUACAAUGGGUUAAUAGAGGAAUUGGUGGAUGUGCUUCAAAUAACAGACAAGCAGCUAAUGGAUAUAAAAGCUGCAUCUCUAAGAACACUGACCUCUAUAGUACACCUGGAAAGAACCCCCAAACUAAGCAGCAUCAUCGACUGCACUGGUACUGCCUCCUACCAUGGCUUCCUGCCCGUUCUGGUCCGAAACUGCAUUCAAGCUAUGAUCGACCCAACCAUGGAGCCAUAUCCUCACCAAUUUGCCACAGCUCUCUUUUCUUUCUUGUAUCAUCUAGCCAGUUAUGAUGCUGGUGGGGAGGCGCUGGUUUCCUGUGGCAUGAUGGAAGCACUUUUAAAGGUGAUAAAGUUCCUAGGAGACGAACAGGACCAGAUCACAUUUGUGACGCGAGCGGUCAGGGUUGUUGACCUCAUUACCAACCUGGACAUGGCGGCCUUUCAGUCUCACAGCGGGCUGUCCAUAUUUAUUUACCGUUUGGAGCACGAGGUUGACCUGUGCAGGAAAGAGUGCCCAUUUGUCAUUAAACCAAAAAUACAGCGCCCCAGUACUGUUCAGGAAGGCGAAGAGAUGGAAACAGACAUGGAAGGUGUGCAGUGCAUUCCCCAAAGAGCUGCCUUGUUGAAAUCUAUGCUAAACUUCUUGAAGAAAGCCAUUCAAGAUCCCGCUUUCUCAGACGGCAUUCGGCAUGUAAUGGAUGGAACCCUUCCCACAUCUCUGAAACACAUAAUCAGCAAUGCAGAAUACUAUGGACCUUCCCUUUUCUUGCUGGCUACUGAAGUGGUCACAGUCUUUGUGUUUCAAGAGCCCUCCCUUCUCUCCUCCCUCCAAGAUAAUGGUCUUACCGAUGUGAUGUUGCACGCUCUCCUUAUCAAAGAUGUUCCUGCUACUCGGGAAGUUCUCGGCUCCCUCCCUAACGUAUUCAGUGCACUGUGUCUGAAUGCCCGUGGUUUGCAAUCCUUUGUACAGUGCCAACCUUUUGAGAGAUUGUUUAAAGUGUUGUUGUCGCCAGACUACCUUCCUGCCAUGCGGCGGCGGCGGAGCUCUGAUCCUCUAGGCGAUACAGCCUCUAACCUGGGCAGUGCUGUUGAUGAGCUGAUGAGGCACCAGCCCACGUUAAAAACAGAUGCCACCACUGCUAUUAUUAAGCUUUUGGAAGAAAUAUGCAAUCUUGGUAGGGAUCCAAGGUAUAUUUGUCAAAAGCCAUCAAUUCAAAAGGCUGAUGGCACAACUACUGCUCCACCACCGCGGUCCAACCAUGCUGCAGAGGAGGCUUCCAGCGAGGACGAGGAAGAGGAGGAAGUACAAGCUAUGCAAAGCUUCAGCACCAACCAGCAGAGUGAAGAUCAAAGUCAGCAUGUGGUAGGAACCGAGGAAAGAAUUCCCAUUCCCCUCAUGGACUAUAUCCUGAAUGUGAUGAAAUUUGUAGAAUCCAUACUGAGCAACAACACAACAGAUGAUCACUGCCAGGAAUUUGUGAGUCAAAAAGGCCUUCUUCCACUGGUCACCAUCCUGGGCCUUCCUAAUCUACCUAUUGAUUUCCCCACAUCUGCUGCUUGCCAGGCUGUAGCUGGAGUAUGCAAAUCUAUUUUGACAUUGUCUCAUGAACCCAAGGUUCUCCAGGAAGGGCUUCUUCAACUGGACUCUAUUCUUUCCUCUCUGGAUCCUCUACAUCGGCCAAUUGAAGCACCUGGUGGAUCUGUAUUGUUGCGAGAAUUGGCCUCGGCAGGGAAUGUUGCAGAUGCUACUCUCUCUGCCCAGGCGACACCAUUGCUCCAUGCCCUUACAGCUGCCCAUGCUUACAUUAUGAUGUUUGUCCACACUUGCAGAGUAGGACAGAGUGAAAUCCGUGCCAUCUCUGUGAACCAAUGGGGAUCUCAGUUGGGACUAAAUGUUUUAAACAAGCUCAGCCAGCUGUACUGCUCUCUGGUGUGGGAAAGCACAGUCUUACUUUCUCUCUGCACACCUAACAGCCUGCCCCCUGGAUGUGAGUUUGGUCAAGCUGACAUGCUGAAACUUGCCCCCAAAGAAGAGAAAACGACCCCACUUCCCCAAGGAGCCAAAAAAGCAGAAGGGGAAGUUGAAAGUUCAGCUGCCAGUGAAGAAACCACUGGCCUUCUGGAAGGCAUUGGGCUGGAUGGUGAUACAUUGGCCCCCAUGGAAACUGACGAACCAAGCACUUCCGACCCUAAGGGUAAGCCCAAGAUCACUCCUGCGAUGGCUGCCCGUAUUAAACAGAUCAAGCCGCUACUGUCAGCUUCCUCAAGAUUAGGUCGUGCUUUAGCUGAGCUGUUUGGACUCCUGGUUAAGCUGUGCGUCGGAUCUCCUGUCAGGCAAAGGAGAAGUCACCAUGCAGCAAGCACUACCACAGCACCCACUCCAGCUGCUCGCUCCACUGCAUCUUCUCUCACCAAACUGCUUACCAAAGGCCUUUCUUGGCAGCCGCCUCCUUAUACCCCUACACCAAGGUUCAGGUUAACAUUCUUCAUAUGCUCUGUUGGCUUCACAUCUCCCAUGCUGUUUGAUGAGCGCAAAUAUCCUUAUCAUCUAAUGCUACAGAAAUUUUUGUGUUCUGGUGGGCACAAUGCACUCUUCGAAACUUUUAACUGGGCCCUUUCUAUGGGUGGAAGAGUGCCAGUGUCUGAAGGUUUGGAGCACACUGACCUUCCAGAUGGUACUGGGGAAUUUUUGGAUGCCUGGCUUAUGCUGGUGGAAAAGAUGGUGAAUCCUACCACGGUUCUGGAGUCGCCACACUCUCUACCUCCCACCAAGCUGCCUGGAGGACAGAACUUCCCUCAGUUUAGUGCCUUGCGAUUCUUGGUUGUUACUCAGAAGGCAGCCUUCACUUGUAUAAAAAACUUGUGGAACCGGAAGCCGUUAAAGGUAUAUGGAGGUCGAAUGGCUGAAUCUAUGCUGGCCAUCUUAUGUCAUAUACUUCGUGGAGAGCCAGUGAUUCGGGAACGUUUAAGUAAAGAAAGAGAAGGCAGCCGAGGAGAAGAAGAGGGAGGGCAGCAGGAUGAGAGCGGAGCGAGACGAGAGCCACAAGUAAACCAACAACAACUGCAGCAGCUUAUGGAUAUGGGUUUUACACGAGAGCAUGCAAUGGACGCCCUUCUCAACACAAGCACUAUGGAGCAAGCCACAGAAUAUCUGCUCACUCACCCACCUCCUCUCAUUGGUGGAGUCGUACGGGACUUGAGUUUGUCAGAGGACGAUCAGAUGCUGAGAGCCAUUGCCAUGUCGUUGGGACAAGAUAUCCCUAUGGAACAGAGGGCAGAGCUGCCCGAGGAAACUGCACGCCGAAAAGAGGAAGAGGAACGCAAGGCCCGCGAGAAACAAGAGGAGGAGGAGGCCAAGUGCCUAGAAAAGUUCCAAGAUGCAGAACCCUUGGAGCAAGAUGAACUGCAUGGUUUUACAGACACCAUGCUCCCCGGCUGUUUCCAUCUGUUGGAUGAGCUACCAGAUACAGUUUACCGUGUUUGUGACCUGAUCAUGACGGCUAUAAAGCGUAAUGGAGCCGACUACAGAGAUAUGAUUCUAAAGCAAGUGGUCAACCAGGUGUGGGAAGCUGCUGAUGUGCUCAUUAAAGCUGCUCUUCCUCUUACAACCAACGACAAUAAAACCGUGUCAGAGUGGAUAAGUCAGAUGGCAACUCUCCCUCAGGCAUCCAACCUGGCCACACGCAUCCUUCUACUAACUCUACUCUUUGAGGAGCUGAAGCUCCCCUGUGCCAGAGUGGUGGAAACCAGUGGGAUUCUUAAUGUUCUGAUUAAACUGCUAGAGGUCGUUCAGCCUUGCCUGCAGGCUGCUAAGGAGCAAAAGGAGAUUCACACACCUAAAUGGAUAACCCCAGUCCUAUUGAUUAUAGACUUCUAUGAAAAGACCUCCAUUGCUUCUAAGAGGAGAGUACAGAUGAACAGGUAUCUGCAAUCAAAUGGUAACAACUGGCGUUGGUUUGAUGAUAGAUCAGGGCGUUGGUGUAGCUAUAGUGCUAGUAACAACAGCACCAUUGAUGCAGCAUGGAAAGCUGGGGAGACUUGUGUGCGCUUCACAGCCGGCCGCCGGCGAUACACUGUACAGUUCACAACUAUGGUUCAGGUAAAUGAAGAAACUGGAAAUAGGCGGCCUGUAAUGCUGACUCUGCUGCGUGUUCCACGCCUAACCAAAGGUGGUAAGAAUGGAAAUGGCCAAGAACUGGAGAAGACCUUGGAGGAAGGCAAAGAAGCUGAUACCAAACAAAAGGAGGAGAAAUUGGCUGAUGCAACUCCUGCUCCUGAGAGCACUACUCCUGAAAAAGAAUCUCCCCCUGAGGAACCCAAAGUUGGAGACAUAGUUAUACAAGGCCUCACAGAAGAGAUGGUGACUGUGCUGAUCAGGUCAUGUGUUAGCAUGCUCGGUGUUCCUGUAGAUCCAGACACCUUACAUGCUACUCUUCGGUUGUGUCUGCGCCUUACCCGUGACCAUAAAUAUGCCAUGAUGUUCGCAGAGCUGAAGAGCACACGUAUGAUCCUGAGCUUGACUCAGAGCUCUGGCUUUAAUGGCUUCACUCCAUUAGUUACCCUCCUUUUCAGGCACAUCAUAGAGGAUCCAUGCACGUUACAGAACACCAUGGAGAAGGUGGUUCGGUCUGCAGCUACCAGCGGUGCUGGUAGCACUACCUCAGGUGUUGUGUCUGGAAGCCUUGGGUCCCGAGAGAUUAAUUACAUCCUCAGAGUUCUGGGUCCUGCAGCCUGUCGAAACCCAGACAUCUUUACUGAGGUUGCAAACAAUUGUAUUCGGAUAGCUCUUCCUGCUCCACGUGGUUCAGGAACUGCUUCUGAUGAUGAGUUUGAAAACCUCCGUAUCAAAGGCCCUAAUGCAGUGCAGCUGGUGAAGACCACACCUGUUAAACCCUCUACUCUUCCUGUCAUCUCCGAUACAAUAAAAGAGGUCAUUUAUGACAUGUUGAAUGCACUAGCAGCUUACCAUGCACCAGAAGAAGUGGCUGAAAAAACAGAACCGAAGCCAGUGGGUAUGAACCAGGAAGUCAGUCAGAUCCUCCAAGAUAUGGGCGAUGAAGUUUUCCAGCAGUACAGAGACCUCACCAGACAAGGCAGUGACUUUGAUUCCCAGGGCAGCUUUGCCAUAAAUGCACGCGUUUUCACUGCUGAUAGUUCAUCUACUGAGACGCCUCAGUCUGGAACACCUCAAGGGGAAGCACUUACUCCAGAGGAGAAUCGUGAAGGAGGAAAGAAGGACAAGGAUGGGGACCGCACUUCAGAAGAGGCAAAGCAGAAGGCCAAAGGCAGCAAACCUUUGCUGCCCACCUCUACAAUUCUACGACUGUUGGCUGAGCUGGUCAGAUCUUAUGUGGGUAUUGCCACACUUAUCGCCAAUUACAACUACACAGCUGGACAGUCUGAACUUAUCAAAGAGGAUUGUAGUGUAUUAGCGUUUGUCUUGGAUCAUCUCCUGCCUCAUACUCAGAAUGCUGAAGACAAGGACACACCAGCUUUAGCACGUCUCUUUUUAGCUAGCCUGGCUGCAGCAGGCAGUGGCACCGAUGCCCAGGUGGCGCUUGUGAAUGAAGUGAAAGCUGCCCUUGGUCGUGCACUGGCUAUGGCUGAGAGUACAGAAAAGCAUGCCAGGUUGCAGGCUGUGAUGUGUAUUAUCAGUACCAUCAUGGAGUCGUGUCCGUCCACCUCAAGCUUCUACAGCAGUGCAACUACCAAAACCCAGCACAAUGGCAUGAACAACAUCAUUCGCCUCUUCUUGAAGAAAGGUCUUGUUAGCGAUUUGGCAAGGGUUCCCCACAGCCUAGAUCUGUCCAGCCCAAAUAUGGCAAAUACUGUAAACGCAGCCCUGAAACCCCUGGAGACUCUGUCCCGCAUUGUUAAUCAGCCAAGCAGUCUGUUCGGUAGCAAAGGAGCCUCGGGAAAGAACAAAUCUGAGCAAGACACCCAUGGGGCUGCUAGAGAUCCUAAUAGUAAUCAGCCAGAUACAGGCGAAACGGGUGCCGAAGCACAGGAAGAGGACCCAGAUGUUGCCCAGGCUGAAGUGGCAGAUGGGGAUAUUAUGGAUGGUGAGACAGAGACUGACACUGUGGUAAUUGCAGGGCAGCCAGAAGUUUUGUCCACUCAGGAGAUGCAGGUUGAGAUUGAAUUAGAAGAUCUAAUUGAUGAACUUCUGGAAAGAGAUGGAGCUGCAGGUAAUUCUCAUUCUGUAGUAAGUCGUGUUGAAGAUGAAUCGCAGGAAGAUGUGCUCAUGGAUGAAGCUCCCACAAACUUAAGUCAGGCUUCCACACUCCAGGCUAACAGGGAAGACUCUAUGAACAUCCUAGACCCAGAAGAUGAAGAGGAGCACACCCAAGAAGAGGACAGCAGUGGCAGCAAUGAAGAUGAAGAUGACAGUCAGGAAGAGGAGGAGGAGGAAGAGGAGGAGGAUGAAGAUGAUCAGGAUGAUGAAGAGGGUGAGGAAGGGGAUGAAGACGAUGACGACGAUUGCUCAGAGAUGGAGCUGGAUGAGGAUUACCCUGACAUGAAUGCGUCACCUCUUGUACGCUUUGAGAGGUUUGACCGGGAAGAUGACCUCAUCAUAGAGUUUGAUAACAUGUUCUCCAGUGCAACUGACAUUCCUCCUUCACCUGGUAACAUCCCUGCCACUCAUCCUCUAAUGGUACGUCAUGCGGACCAUGGAUCUCUCACUAUUGGCAGCGGGAAUUCCACCAAUCGUUUGGCCCAAGGCAUUGGUAGAAGCCAACGUACGCUCCGACAGAUUACCGCCAAUGCUGGCCACACCAUACAUGUUCACUAUCCUGGAAACCGGCAGCCAAACCCUCCUUUAAUAUUGCAAAGGUUGUUGGGCCCUUCAGCUGCGGCAGACAUCUUGCAGUUGAGCAGCAGUCUUCCCCUGCAGAGCCGAGGCCGGGCACGCCUUCUUGUGGGCAACGAUGAUGUUCACAUUAUAGCUCGCUCUGAUGACGAAUUGCUGGAUGACUUCUUCCAUGACCAGAGUACAGCAACCAGCCAGGCAGGCACGCUAUCCAGUAUUCCAACUGCGCUGACACGAUGGACAGAGGAAUGUAAAGUGUUAGACGCUGAGAGCAUGCACGAUUGUGUGUCAGUGGUUAAAGUUCCUAUAAUAAACCACCUAGAAGCUCUGCGUGAUGAAGAGCUUGAGGAGCGACGGGAGAAAAGACGGAAACAGCUGGCAGAAGAGGAGGCCAAAAUGGCUGAAAAAGCCAAAGAGGAGAAAGAAUCUAAGGAGCAGAAUGCUCAGGCUGUCAAUUCUAAGAGGAAUGCCUCGUUUGAGCUGAGUCUUGCAGAUCAAGAUGGUAGCGGACGUCCUGAGAACUUCCCAACUGCCCCUUCAUCUGCAGACGGGACCCCGAUUAGCCCGGAACUGGUUGCUCUGGACUCUUCUCUGCGUGCCCAUCCUCCCGAAGCUGCUUUGGCAGAUCUCCCUCAAAGCCUGCACACAGAAACUGGACCAGAAGAUUCUGGGCAACUGCUAAUGCCAACUGAAGCUGAGGAUUCUGGACCAGGAAGGCCGAGCACAGAAGGGGAGGCCACUCAAAUGGAGCUGUCACCUGCACCAACAAUAACAUCAUUGUCCCCAGAGCGAGCAGAAGAUUCUGAUGCUCUUACAGCUGUUAGCAGUCAGCUGGAAGGCUCCCCUAUGGAUACCAGCAGCCUUGCGUCGGGUCCUCUGGAGGAGGGAGUUGGAGAGGCCUCUGGAGUUGUAAACCCAGAUCAGCCUCUUGUUGUCACCAGCAGUAUUGCAGUUGGCCAGCAACCUGUAGAACCUCUGACUACCAAUGAGAGUCAGGUAGCUGCAUCUCAGCUGAGCAAUGAGAGCUCCACAACAACCCCAUCUAAUGAGUUGCCUCCUACAAGAGAUCCUGCUGUGGCCUUGUUGGCAAGUGAUUCGAGUGGCAUCCUGGAAGAACCUCUGCCAUCUACAAGUAGUGAAGACGAGGAUCCUUUGGCUGGUAUAAAUCUACCUGAGGGUGUGGAUCCAUCAUUCCUUGCAGCUCUUCCAGAAGACAUUCGAAGAGAGGUGCUUCAGAAUCAACUGGGCAUCAGGCCUCCUGCUCGCGCUCCUCCUUCUGCUGUCCCGGUCAUUCCUCCGCCUGUUGUAGGAAGUGCUGGUGUCACUGAGGUCAGCCCAGAGUUCCUGGCUGCAUUACCCCCAGCCAUACAGGAAGAGGUUCUUGCACAGCAGAGGGCAGAACAGCAAAGACGGGAAAUUGCCCAAAGCACCACCUCCGACACCCCAAUGGAUCCAGUAACCUUUAUUCAGACUUUGCCAUCAGAUCUACGCCGCAGUGUUCUAGAGGACAUGGAGGAUAGUGUUCUAGCAGUGAUGCCUCCUGACAUUGCAGCAGAAGCACAGGCUUUGCGCAGGGAACAAGAGGCUCGGCAGAGGCAGCUCAUGCAUGAAAGACUCUUUGGGCACAGCAGCACUUCAGCACUCUCUGCUAUCCUCAGAAGUCCAGCAUUUACAAGCCGCUUAAGUGGAAACAGAGGGGUUCAGUAUACUCGUCUGGCAGUACAGAGAGGAAGCACCUUCCAGAUGGGAAACAGCAGUACCCACACAAGGCCUGCAGGCAGUAAUGUGGAUAGUUUGCUCAGGCUACGAGGACGGCUAUUGUUGGAUCAUGAAGCCCUCUCAUGUUUGCUCGUGCUGCUUUUCGUGGAUGAGCCAAAACUCAACACCAGCCGUUUGCACAGAGUUUUGAGGAACCUCUGCUACCACGCACAAACCCGAAACUGGGUCAUCAAAAGCCUUCUGUCAAUCCUGCAACGCAGCAGCGAGAGUGAACUCUGCAUAGAGAGUCCCAAGAGCUCUUUAAGUGGCCCUGAUAAAAGGGGUGCUGCCAAGGGUUGUUCUUCCAGCCACGAUAGUCGUCCCUUAGAACUGCUGCACAAAAUAGAGUCCAAAAACUCCAACCAGCUUUCUUGGCUGUCUGUCUCAAUGGAUGCUGCCCUUGGAUGCCGAACAAACAUAUUCCAAAUCCAGAGGUCAUUGGGACGCAAGCACACAGAGAAGCAUGCUGCUUGUGGCUCCACUGUUCACAUCCACCCUCAGGCUGCCCCUGUGGUGUGCAGGCAUGUGUUGGACACCCUUAUACAGUUAGCCAAGGUGUUCCCCAGCCAUUUCACACAGCAGAGGACCAAAGAGUGCAAUGUAGAAAACAGUGAAAAUAAGGAGAGGAAUAUAAAAGUGACUUGUAGCCCCUGUGUUACUCUGUCUAGCAACAGUGGGCCCAGCAAUAUCUCUACGGACUUCUGGGACUUGUUAGUUAAAUUAGACAACAUGAAUGUGAGCCGGAAGGGGAAAACCUCUGUGAAGUCUUUGCCUGUGAGCUCUGGAGCCGAAGCGGAAAGCUUGCAGGGCAGUUUGGAGGCCUCACCGUUGGGACAGCUCAUGAAUAUGUUGUCCCACCCCGUCAUUCGACGGAGUUCGCUGCUUACCGAGAAACUGCUUAGACUUCUCUCCCUUAUUUCCAUUGCCUUGCCCGAUAACAAAUUGCCUGAUGGUGUGACUAGUCAAAGCAAUGCAAUCACUCCUGUACCCGCCCCCACCCCUGCAACUGCACCAGUACCUCUCCCUGUACCUGCCGUAUCUGUGCCGAUAGUCGUCAACCCAAGUGUAGUAUCAAGUGAGUAUUGCUUUAUCUUCCCAUACACUAGGUUUGUGCAACCUUGAGCUCAUUCCGUGAUGAAAAGUAUCAAGUCUACAGCUAAGUCGAGCGAGCUCAAUGUGCCUGACAAGAUGGCAGCUGCUGGGCUUACAGAAAAACAGCUACAGCUUUCUGUUGAGGUGCUGACAUCUCAUUCGUGUUCAGAGGAAGGCUUGGAGGAUGCAGCAAAUGUGUUGCUGCAACUGUCCAGAGGUGACCCUGGGACACGAGACACUGUACUCAAGCUGCUGCUCAGUGGAGCCCACCAUUUAGGCUACACCCUAUGCAAGCAGAUAGGUACUCUUUUAGCGGAAUUACGAGAGUAUAAUCUUGAUCAGCAGAGGAGAAUACAGUGUGAGGUACUUUCACCUGAUGGGUUGCCUGAAGAGCAGCCUCACAACACCAAACCCAAGGGUAAAAUGCAAAGCAGGUUCGACAUCGCAGAGAAUGUUGUUAUAGUUGCAUCACAGAAACGGCCAUUAGGGGGACGAGAACUCCAGUUACCCUCAAUGUCCAUGCUGACAUCAAAGACCUCCACACAGAAAUUCUUCCUUCGAGUGCUACAGGUCAUCAUUCAGCUCAGAGAUGACACCAGGAGAGCCAACAAGAAAGCCAAGCAGACCAGUAGAUUAGGAGCUGCCAGUCUGGCCUCUGCUAGCAGCAUCCAGGCAGCUGUGCAGCAGCUGGAGGCUGAGGCUGAUGCCAUUAUACAAAUGGUACGUGAGGGUCAAAGGGCGCGGAGACAGCUGCAAACUGCAACGGCCGAAGGCUCUGCACGCAGGGAGGAGUCUCCAAUGGAUGUUGACCAGCCUUCACCUGCUACACAGGAUACUCAGCCAGUUGGUGCCGAAGGAUCUCAAGCUGCAGAGAAGAAAGAGGAGGAGAGACUACCAGAGUUGCCACUGUUGAGUGAUCAACUGAGCUUGGAUGAACUGUGGGACAUGUUAGGAGAGUGUUUGAAAGAGCUGGAGGAGUCACAUGACCAGCAUGCUGUACUAGUACUUCAGCCAGCUGUAGAAGCCUUUUUCCUGGUCCAUGCAACGGAACGAGAAAGCAAGCCACCUGUACGGGAUACUCGGGAAAGCCAGCUGGCUCACAUAAAAGACGAGCCUCCUCCCUUGUCCCCGGCACCUCUCACCCCCGCAACGCCUUCUUCCUUAGAUCCUUUCUUUUCAAGGGAACCCUCAUCUAUGCACAUCUCAUCCAGCUUGCCUCCUGACACACAAAAGUUCCUGCGCUUUGCAGAGACUCACCGCACUGUGUUAAACCAGAUCCUCCGCCAGUCUACAACUCAUCUAGCUGAUGGACCUUUUGCUGUUCUUGUUGAUUAUAUCAGAGUCCUGGACUUUGAUGUCAAACGCAAAUAUUUCCGCCAAGAACUUGAGCGGUUAGAUGAAGGACUGAGGAAGGAGGACAUGGCUGUACAUGUCAGACGAGACCAUGUGUUUGAAGAUUCUUACCGGGAACUGCACCGUAAAUCCCCAGAAGAAAUGAAGAACAGAUUGUAUAUAGUAUUUGAAGGGGAAGAAGGUCAGGAUGCUGGAGGACUCCUAAGAGAGUGGUACAUGAUCAUCUCCAGAGAAAUGUUUAACCCCAUGUAUGCCCUGUUCCGCACAUCUCCUGGGGACCGUGUCACCUACACAAUUAACCCCUCUUCCCACUGCAACCCCAACCACCUCAGCUAUUUCAAGUUUGUUGGUCGGAUAGUUGCAAAGGCAGUGUACGACAACAGGCUACUGGAGUGCUACUUCACACGCUCUUUCUACAAACACAUCUUGGGCAAAUCAGUCAGAUACACUGACAUGGAGAGUGAGGAUUAUCACUUCUACCAGGGACUGGUCUACCUGCUCGAGAAUGAUGUCUCCACACUGGGUUAUGAUUUGACAUUUAGCACUGAGGUCCAGGAAUUCGGAGUGUGUGAAGUGCGUGACCUGAAGCCCAAUGGUGCAAAUAUUAUAGUCACAGAAGAUAACAAGAAGGAAUAUGUCCACCUUGUGUGCCAGAUGAAGAUGACAGGUGCCAUUCGUAAGCAGUUAGCUGCUUUCUUGGAAGGGUUCUAUGAAAUUAUCCCCAAGCGUCUCAUCUCCAUCUUCACAGAACAGGAACUGGAGUUGUUAAUAUCUGGGCUGCCCACAAUAGACAUUGAUGACUUGAAAUCCAACACAGAGUAUCAUAAGUACCAAUCCAAUUCUAUCCAGAUUCAAUGGUUCUGGAGGGCGCUGCGCUCUUUUGACCAAGCAGAUAGAGCCAAAUUUCUUCAGUUUGUCACUGGAACCUCCAAGGUACCUCUCCAGGGCUUUGCCGCACUUGAGGGAAUGAACGGCAUCCAAAAAUUCCAGAUACACCGAGACGACCGCUCCACAGACAGGCUGCCUUCUGCUCACACGUGUUUUAACCAGUUGGAUCUACCAGCCUAUGAGAGUUACGAGAAGCUACGUCACAUGCUGCUUUUGGCCAUUCAGGAGUGCUCUGAGGGGUUUGGCCUGGCCUAGGAUUGCCCCCGCUGUAUAAUGUUUUCUACUGUUGGACUUCAAGAGAGAGGAAAAAAGCAAAACCAAGCCAUGCAUCUAUCUUGCUCACCCUGCUGGCACCAAGAAGAGGGACUUGCCUUCUAAAGCUGCCGCCUGUCUUCGGUUCCCUUCCAAUGGCGAACUGGCUGUGCUGAGACUUGAAAUCACUGCUCUGGGGGAAUGUAGAGAACGGAGAGGAGCAGGGGGGAAAAUUAUAUAUAAGUAUAUAAAUAUAUAUAUUUUUCUGUUUUGCUUUUCUUCAGUUUUGCCUAAAGGAUGAGUUGACACACACAGCUCUUCAAAAAUAAAACACAAAAAAAAAAUCAAAAAAAAAAAAA